CCGGCGCUCGAGGGUCGAGUCAGUUUGUGAUUAGUACUCGAUCAGUUCGCAGUUGUGUAUUGCCGGCAAAGUGCGACACGAUGCGUGAAAGAUAUGUUUUGGUUUUCUCUCUGUUGGCGGUGGCGACAUCUCUCGUCGGCGACUGCUUAGCGAAAAUUGCGCCGGACUUCAUCCACCCAUGCAACACCACGGAACCGGCCUGCCUGAUCAAAGCGACCAGAGACGCCAUCCCGGAGUUCUCCAAGGGUCUCCCUGAGCUCGGAGUCCCGUCCCUGGACCCGUUCGUGGUCGACAACCUGCCCAUCCAACUGCCAGGGAUCAGGGUGACCUUUUAUGAUGGAAAGGCUACGGGACUGAAGAAGUGCGAGGUGCUCAAUGUGGAGGCGAUAGUAGAGAAGAACAUCUUCAACCUGGACGUGAAAUGCAACAUCACCAUUAAAGGCAAAUACACAGCUGUUGGCAGGCUGCUGCUGUUUCCCAUCAAUGGAGAAGGAGACGCCAAGAUCAAAAUAGUAAACUCCGUCAUCAAGAUUAACAUCAAAACGAAGUACUUCAAGGACAAUAAUGGCCGCGAUCACUUCGGCAUCAAGAGCUACAAGUACACCUUCGAUUAUGGAGAAAGAAUAUUCUAUACCAUUACCAACCUGUUCAAAGGAAAUCCAGAAUUAAGUAACACAGUCUUGAACUUCCUAAACGAAAAUUGGAGGAUUGUGACUGAAGAGUUUGGCCAGCCUGUCGUGGACUACGCUUUGAACGUCACCAUCAGUACUGCCAAGAAGUUCUUUGACGCGGUUCCAUACGACGAACUAUUAUACGUACCCAUUCCAAAAUACUGACGAAUGUCAACAUAGAUAUUUACAGUACAAUAGUUAAUAGAUAUGAUGAGAAUUUGAUGAGUGAACAGCAUUUUCUUGGAAGAUGUAGAGAUGACAACGAUGAUACAUAACAUAAAUAGCUUUUGCUGGAUGUAAUUUAAGGGACCUCAAACUGUAUUCUACGAAACAAAUAGCGAUCUAUCGCUACAUUAACCAAAUAAAACUGAUACAAAAAUAUCUUUAAACAAAAGAGAAUCAAUAUUUCAGAUUCGAAUUUGUUUUUGAACGAUUUUUUUUUGUUAUGAAUCAUUUUCGAAGUCGAAUAAUCCCUAAAAUAUAGACUUUACUUAUACGGACUGCGCCUUCUUUUCAUCGGAAGAAAGAGAAGAUACUUUUUAUUCUGAUUUCUUAUUUGAAGUGUUAUGGUUUUUAUUUUGUUUGUGUUUAUUGGUUGAAGAGCUAAACUUUUUUAAGAUUAGGUAAUAAAGUAUCAUCCCAAAAUAAUUAAAGAUAAACUUUUAAGUUUAAUGGACAGUACAGAUGAUGCAAAAGAAUUCUAUGUAAGUAAGUAAAGUAUAGAUUUGUGUGGUUUUUGAAAUGCUUUAUUUUUUAGGUUAUCUAGUAGGUGUGAUUUCAAAUUAUUGUUGGUUAAGAGUAGUGUAGAUAGAUACAAGUACCUUAUAAUAUUUUAAUAUUUUUUCUAGCUGCUGAUGUUUUGUAAUAAAAGUAAAAGAAUUUGGUAUAAAACAUAGGUACCUCAAGGAUCAUUCUAGAGCUGUAUUAAAUAUUAUUCUUGUAACAGAUCUCAAGAAAACCCUUUCAAUACAGUUUCAUUUCAGUAAUUCCGUAUAUCGAGAUGUUUACAAAUAAAAAUAGAUUAUUAUUA